UCGGUGGCUAUUAACACGAUGUUGAUUAUUCCAUAAGCUUUGGUCGCCCGUAAGAAUCUUGUUCCAUCGCCCUUUUCAUCUGUAUUUCUCUGCGUUUAGUCGUUGCUUCAAGAAGUUUAUUUCAUAGGGAAAAAUUUGCACAGUGAAAGAGUGAAAAAAGAAGAUCAUUCUUUGAAAGUCACAAGGCUUUAAACGACCACUACGUCUCGACGGCUUUGUAAGCUUUCCUUUUCAGAAUGGCCGAAGGAGAUAACGAACGCUAUCUCACCUCUGAUUCUGACUCUGAUUUUUCCAUACUUGACUCAGAAAAUAGCGAAGACGAAGACGACGAUGGUGAGGAACUUUUGGAUCGAGAAGACGCAGAGAUUCAACUCGGAGGUGAAGACAAGGAGAGUGAUGAAGAGGACGAGGAACUGAAAAAUGAAGAAGCUUCAUUUUUGAAUGAGAUUGCAGCCCUAGAACUGUCAACGUGGGAAGAAAACAACGAAGAUCAAAAUAAUCCUAAACCGCGACUUAACGUGAACAGGAUUAUUGACCGUGUCAGUAAUAAAUUUUACGGUCACAGAGUUAGGCCACAAUACAUCAACAUCCUGACAGAUUUUGUUGAUGCAGAGAUUUUUCUUAUUGAUGGGGACUCUUUGCUGUUGGAGCUUCUUUGCGAGAAUAGUUUAGACUGGCAACAUGGCGGACAGUUUCUCCAUCUCACCUAUCUCCUGGAACGCUUUCUUCAGUACUUUACCGAUAAAGGUGGUGUUUUCCGUAUUAUCUUCUUCCAAGAUUUGGAGAUCAUUUGGAAAAGUCGACCGUCCAUGUUACUGGCACGACAAGCUCUAAUUCUUCACCUUCAAAACAAUACACGCUUCACUGUUGUCACAUCAAUAGCAAAUUUUUGGCAAGAGGGCUGGUUAGACUACAUUGAUAACAGUACGCCCGCAUUUCUGAUGCUAACUGACGCAGAAAACAUUCCGUGGAAAGAGACCAGAGAGACCAAAAAGCUGGACGUGGCAGUCGAGUAUUUCUUCCGCUGCCUUCUGUUACAUUCUCUUGGACAAAGACUGAAUUGUGUUUUCAUGUCAGGCAUUGAGAUGACUGCGACAAAAGUUAUGGGAUACUUCGUCGAGUCCACGUCAAUACAUAGGACAUACGUCAUGAAGCAUGGAGGGCCAAUGUUUGAAACAUGGCAAAUUUUGAUGACAUAUUGCAAUGGUCAAUUCACUCAGGAAAAUCUCAGUUUUCCGGUAUCGUUUCAAGAGAAUCAGAUUGAUGUUAAAUCAGAAAUUAGGGCCGCUCUUCAAUCUCCACCACAAGGCGGCUGCCGAGAGCUUGCCACAGUCCUUACUUGUGCGCAAGUCCUCCGUAAACUCCUUAACGACGAUAACACUUGUGAGGAAACUCUAAAGAUUGCCCAAGACAGGGUAAAACUUUUCCUCCUUCAUGCUGCACUGCUAAAGAAACUUUCACUGAAAUACAGAGCACAUAGUAUAAAAAGGACCUUGCUAAAUGAAUUCUGCGAGGAGAACGAUGGCAAAGUUUUUCCCUUCGACGAGAUUCAUACAGGUUUAUGGCAGAUUCUAAAGCUGAUGCAACUCGCUUUGGAAGACGCACGCCGAGACGAGAGUGUUAAGAUUUCAUUGGACAUGUCUUCAGUAGCAGACUUAGUGGACGGACGCUUGGUUCAUGUUGUCUUCUUUUGUCUUGCGAAACAAACGUCCAAACAAUCCGAAGAACUAGGUCUGCCCGAGGAUGUGAUAGGAGAGGCAGAGUGUGCGUGGAGGAAAGUUGUUACGCUUGCAAAUGGAACACGUCAUUCAAAUUUGCUCGAAUCUCAGUUUUUCCCUAUGUUUGACGGGAUUGCUACUGGCCUUCACCACGUAGAAGAGGGCAAUUCAGACGACGAUGCUUGCUUACAUCUCAGGAAGCUCCUUGAAGUGGACAGUGCUCUUGUAAAUGAGUAUGCUGGGGAAAUCAGAUCAAGAAUGAACGCCUUGGCUGGAGAUGAGGCUGAAAAUGAAGUAUUCAACAGUGGUAAGGAAUUUGACGAACGCUACUACUGGCAUACUCUUAAGCCACUAACCGAUGAUUUUGAAAGGACGAAACGACAGUUUAAAGACAAGCCUCCGACCGAUCCAAGAGAGAGAAAAUGGUAUUUUAAAAACAAGAUGAAGUAUGUUCGCUAUCAUAGACUUUAUGGCAACUCACUCGUUGGUGGCGUCGAUAAUGCAAAAAUUAUUACCGUCACCGAAGAUGGAUCAAGGAAAAAAAAAGGAAAACACAAGGAUUUAAAGAUGGUACGUUAGAAU